AUGCCAACACAAGACUGCAAACGGAUCAUUUAUCUGUGUCAUGUUGUUCAGAGCCAUUGGAGAAUAGAAGCCAUGACAGAGAAAAUUAAGGGACUGCGUUUGUGGCUAGGAAUAGAUAAAGAUGGAAACCAUUAUGUUGAAAACUGCAUUACCUGUUCACAAACAAUCCAGAGAGAUGAUGUUUUUGCCCACCAACGCAUUAAACGAGAUUAUUCAAUGAAUAAAUAUGGUACCUGCAGUACAUGGGGACAAGGAGCAAUCAGGACGUACACAGAUACAUUUUACCACAUGAUAUCAACAUGUAAAUACAUUCUGACUCGCCACUGUCUAGGCAAUGUGGAAGAUUUUAAUGUGGAAAUUCAGCGAAGCUCAAAUGGCAGUUUGGUGCACAUCUUCAUCAAACUCGAAGGUGUUAUGAUUGUAGUGGCGAAUGGGACAAUUAUGGUUAAAGGCACUGUAGUUUCAUUACCAUAUAUGGAAAAGGUGAUUAAUAUUCAACGAAAUGGAGUCGGCGUGUCAUUUUCAAACAGGAAGCAUUCUAUAAAGCUGAAUUGGAAUUACGAAGAUGGACUACAGGUAACAGUUGAUGCUCGUUACCAUGGACAAUUAUGUGGCCUUUGUGGAGCUUUUGAUGAAAGUGUCUCAGUAAUCUCUGAAAUGGACAUUAUCGAAUACAAACUUGGUCCUUCAGAUAUUUCCUGCACCACCACAUUCCCUAAAGAAAUUAAUUGUACCUCAGCUAAGACAAAAGACUGGUCAGUAAAAAUUGAAAUGCAUCCAUGUCAAACAGCAGUUAAGCAGACAUGUUUACAGCACGUGACAUACACAAAGUAUCAGGACAUCUACAUAUUCAAUAAUGAUGGCACUGUUGACUAUAAGGGAAAUAGAAUGGGAGUUCCUCUAGUAAAUGGUGAUAUAACAAUAUUUUUCCAGUCUUCAAUAUUCCUUCAAGUAUCAACAACGUCUGGGUUGAAAAUGCAAAUACAGAUACAUCCCAUCAUGCAGCUUUACAUCUCACUGCCCAAAAGUGCCAAAGGAACCACCAAAGGUUUAUGUGGAACCUUCAAUCACAAUGCAGAUGAUGACUUUCUAAGUGCCCAGAGCAUCGUGGAGUACACAUAUAUGACUUUUGCUGACUCUUGGAGAGAAAGUGAGAAUUGCCCUUCACCACAAGUGAAUCCUGCCUGUGUCAGUUCAGAAGAUGAAAUCUAUGUUAAACAAAAUUGUGACUGCUUAAAGGACCCCAAAGGUGUAUUCGCUAAAUGCCAUUCUGCAGUGGAGUUUGCCAAGUAUUAUGAAAUGUGUAAAGUUGCCUCAUGUCACUGUAAGAGGAUCGAUGACUGUAUAUGUGCUGCACUGGAAGCUUAUGCUCAUGCCUGUGCUGCAAAAGGCUUGGUUGUGCAUAACUGGAGAACAUCAAUAUGCGAGGUAACCUGCCCGAGCACUCAGGUUUUCCAGUAUAGUAUGACAGCCUGUAACCGUACCUGCAGAUAUCUGUCAAAGCCUGAUAUCACAUGUCAGGUUCAAGAUGUUCCAGUUGAUGGUUGUGGUUGCCCUGAGGGAAAGUACAUGAAUGAGAAAGGAGCAUGUGUGAGCAAAUCAGAAUGCCCAUGUUAUUUUGGUGGCUUGAUUGUGCAAAAAGGCAAGGAUAUUACUGUUAACGGAGUUAGCUGCCUAUGCAAAGGUGCUUUAUGGACAUGUACUGAACGCUCAUGUCCAAAGACCUGCCUAGUUUAUGGAGAUGGUCAUUACAUGACCUUUGAUGGAAGAAGAUACAGCUAUGAUGGCAACUGUGAAUACACCAUUGUUGAGGAUCAAUGUCAACGAGCAAUCGGUACAUUCCAAAUACUGGCGGAGAGUGUUUCCUGCUGUGAAAAUGGAGUGACCUGUUCACGGAAUAUCAGGAUUUUAUUUGAGGAUCGAGAACUAAUUCUCUUGAGUGGGAAUGGAGUAACUGAGGUGUCCCUUGGGAAAAUUCAGUGCACAGAUAAUCUCUACACACUUCACACUGUUGGACUGUAUUUAGUCCUGAGAUUUUCUAAUGGGAUCACUGUGAUAUGGGACAAACGUACAAGACUGUCAGUCACACUGGAUGAAAAGUGGAAGAAUAAAGUUUGUGGCCUUUGUGGAAAUUUCAAUGAUGACAUCGAAGACGAUUUGAAAACAAAGUGGAACUAUGUGGUGACCAGUCCUGUGGAGCUUGGCAACAGUUGGAAGACAAUGCACUCCUGCCCUAAUACAGUGAAUCAAACAUUCCCUUGUGACAGAAAUCCAUAUUGUUUAGCCUGGGCUCAGAGGAGAUGCAACAUAAUCAAUAGUGCAGUCUUUCAAGCUUGCCAUAAAAAGGUUAACCCAACUCCAUAUUAUGAUGCUUGUGUCGAAGAAGCUUGUGCUUGUGAUUUGGAGGGAAAAUAUCUGGGUUUCUGUACCGCAGUAGCUGUGUACGCAGAAGCUUGUAACAAGGUUGAUGUUUGCAUUCGCUGGAGAACUCCAGACCUGUGUCCUGUGUAUUGUGAUUAUUAUAAUGCUCCCGGUGAAUGCAGUUGGCACUAUCAGCCAUGUGGGACACUGACAACAAAAACCUGCUCAGACCAUUCCAUUGCAAAGAAGUUAUCUGCAAAUCUUGAAGGUUGUUAUGCUAAAUGCCCAGAGAAUGCUCCUUAUUUGGAUGAAAAUACAAUGAAGUGUGUUACACUACCCCAAUGUACUUGUUAUUAUGAUGGAAGAAUACUGCAACCCGGGUUUACAACCACAACAGUGAGCACAACUGUAUCAUCCAUUUCAACUCCAUUUACAUCAUUAACAACUACAUCCUCUUCAACAAUAACAAGCACAGAACAAACAACGACAACAACAGGGAUAACCACCACACCAAGUUCAACUGCCAGUUCCACAACGGAAGCGACCACAACAACAGGGACAAGCACAAUAACUGCAACGACUGUCAGUUCGACAACUGAAUCAACAGCUACAACACUAACAACCAUCACAAGUGGAUCUACUGCCAGUUCCACAACUGAAGAAACAACCAAAUCUGUACCACCAACUACAACUGGCUCUAUCAGUGCUUCGACAAGAGAACAAACAACGACAACAACAGGGAUAACCACCACACCGAGUUCAACUGCCAGUUCCACAACGGAGGUGAUCUGUCUUGGUGAAUGGUCAUCCUGGUCCAAUACGCACACACCAAACACCACCAGUCCAUAUGAUUUUGAACUGAUCUACCCUGUGCGCAAGCGAUUGUGUUCUCUAUAUGAUUCUAUUGGAGACAUUCAGUGUCAAUUGGUCCAAAACACUUCAAGGCCACCCAGUGAAUCAACAGAACACGUGAAGUGUAUUAGAGGAUUAGGAUUGCUGUGUCGUCUUCACCAAAAUUCAUCACAGGAAUUUUGUUCAGACUACCAAAUUCGAGUUUGCUGUGAAAAUCAAGCCUCAACAACACUUCCGACGACAACCGGUCUAAGGACAACCUCCACUGAAACAAGUACACCUGGGACAAGCACCUCAACUGCAACGACUGUCAGUUCUACAACUGAAUCAACAGCUACAACACAAACAACUACCACAAGUGGAUCUACUGCCAGUUCCACAACUGAAGAAACAAUCACAUCUGUACCACCAACUACAACUGGUUCUACCAGUGCUUCGACAAGAGAACAAACAACGACAACAACAGGGAUAACCACCACACCGAGUUCAACUGCCAGUUCCACAACGGAGCAAAAAACUACAACAACUGAGACAACAACCACAGCCAGUUCCACAUCCCGUGAGUGA